CUGCAUUGGACAGCUCGGGCAUUCGGCGUUCAACUGUGUGACAGUGAAGAUGACCAGCGAUUUGAAGUACUUGAGGCACAACGACGGAACCCAGGUCCAGAACAUUGGAUUGGGCACCUUUGCGUCGGUGGAGGGAGAUUGCGAAAAGGCGGUUCUCCAUGCGAUUGAUGUGGGCUACCGGCACAUCGACACCGCCUACUUCUACGGAAACGAGGGCGAAGUGGGUGCUGCUGUCCGGAAGAAGAUCGACGAGGGAGUCAUCAAGCGGGAGGACAUAUUCAUCACCACCAAGUUGUGGUGCAACUUCCAUGAGCCGGAGAGGGUGGAGUACGCCUGCCGGAAGACCUUGGCCAACAUUGGUCUGGAUUAUGUGGACCUCUACCUGAUUCACUGGCCAUUCUCCUAUGCCUAUCGAGGCGACAACGAAAUGAUUCCCACGGACGCCAAUGGAGAGGUUGAACUUGUCGACAUUGAUUAUGUGGACACCUGGCGUGCCAUGGAGAAACUAGUCGAACUGGGCCUGACCAAAAGUAUUGGCGUUUCCAACUUCAACGCGGAUCAGCUAACUCGACUAUUGGCCAACUGCAAGAUCAAGCCAAUCCACAAUCAGAUUGAAGUUCAUCCAGGCUUAAACCAAAAAAAUCUGAUUGAACUGUGCAAAAAGAAUGACAUUGUAGUCACCGGUUUCAGUCCGCUGGGCAGACAUAAUGCCGAGAAAAGGACUCCUGCCUUUAUGUACGAUGGCAAGGUGCAGGCUAUCGGAGAUAAAUACAAUAAGAGCAUUGCUCAAGUACUAAUUCGAUAUUUGAUCGAGCUUGGAACUGUUCCGCUGCCAAAGUCAUCAAAUCCGAAGCGCAUCGAAGAGAACUUUAAUGUCUUCGACUUUAAGCUGGACGCUAGGGAUCAUGCUAUUUUAGAUUCUUAUCACGGUGGUGAGCGUGUGGCUCAUGCCCGCCAAGCCAUCAAGAGCAAGUACUAUCCCUUCCAGCAUUACAGUGCUUGCUUUUGAUUUUUUAAUAAAUAUAUAAAUUAUAUGGA